CAUUAUUUCUAGUGUCUAAAAACAACGAACAGUUCAGAAAUACAGUACGCGAGGUCACAAAUGGCCCCCUUAUUUGUUAGGGAAAUAUGCAAAUCAGGAAUUGCAAAACUACGGCUUCUUAUAGGCUUUUCUAAUAUAUUAAGCUGUGAUAGGCUACUUUCUAAAAAAAUUUCAAACGCUUAUUGGUUCUUCCCAUCGCGCUAUCUUGAGUAAUUUGACCUUUCAGUUGUGCGAGCUGUAUGUAAAUUAGAAGCUGUGACGUUAUAGAUCCGACAGUUGAUUGGCUGAAAUUUGUGAGGAGCCAAUGGCAUGGCUGUUUUACCAAACCUCUGCAGGGUAUUAAAGAGUUUUUGCGUGCCACAGACUUUAGUCCCUCGAUAAACUUAGCCUUUUUCAUUGUCGACAUGUCUGGGCGAGGCAAGCAAGGAGGCAAGGCGCGCGCUAAGGCUAAGACCCGCUCCUCCCGGGCAGGUCUGCAGUUCCCGGUGGGCCGAGUGCACCGCCUGCUCCGCAAGGGCAACUACUCGGAGCGCGUCGGAGCCGGCGCCCCUGUGUACCUGGCGGCGGUGCUGGAGUACCUGACGGCCGAGAUCCUGGAGCUGGCGGGUAACGCGGCCCGCGACAACAAGAAGACCCGCAUCAUCCCGCGCCACCUGCAGCUGGCCAUCCGCAACGACGAGGAGCUCAACAAGCUGCUGGGGAAGGUCACCAUCGCUCAGGGUGGCGUCUUGCCUAACAUCCAGGCUGUGCUGCUCCCCAAGAAGACUGAGAGCCACCACAAGGCUAAGGGCAAGUGAGCCAGCUGAGUACUGACUACACUUGUAGUUCGAUCUUUUCUUAACCAAAGGCUCUUUUCAGAGCCGCCCACAUUUUCACAUAAAGCAGCUUGUAACUGCCUUCUACGGGGCAUUAUGCAAUUGCUCACUAAAAGAGCAAGUUGCGAUUCUGGUUAUUCCAGUACAGUGCUUUAAAUACUUUAGUUUUAGUUUGACUGACUCAAAUGUAACUACUCUCAGAACUAUUGCGCAUUUCUGUUAUAAAAUGUUUCCAUGGUGUUAGUCGAAUAGAGGGAAGUGGGUUGGUGUACUGCCAGAGCACUGCUCAGCUCUGGCUUGUGCUGUUGGCGAGGGAUUGAACCUGGGAUUUAGGAGCCUCAGGCACGAGUCUCCAUAACCAUUAUGCUAUCUACCCCUCCAGUUUAUUUUUUAAGAUUCACUAAAUAUAGUAAGCUUUGGUAAAGCAAAUGUACGGACUUGACUUUCAACACGAACCCCCGUUCAAUCACCAUAGGAAUCGUAAGCAUAUGCUUGCCAGGUUACCAGAUACUACAUAACGAGCCAUAUAAGCCAAGUACUACUGAGGCAAGCAAGGGUUAAGUUGAAAAAUGCACGUGGCGGCAUUAUCUCCCCCUUUCCCAGCACAAACAGCUUUAUACUGUCAAAAGUCGCCUUGGUCAGUGGUCUUAGAAUCUGCUCUGCUACUUCUGCUCAAGCGUCUGCUACCCUUAACAGUAUUUUGUUUAUACAAAAGAAAAGGUAACCUGUUAAGCUUGUUGAAUUGUUAUGGGAAAGUUGAUAACUAUAAGUGAAUAAACACUUCCCUUCAUUAAAACUUUGUUGUGUUCA